AUGUCCUCCAAAUCAACCACAGACUCUAGCUCACACGCCCGCCUUCAAAACGAUUACGGCGCUGAUUACUGGGUCCGCAGUGCCGCAGAACAUCGUCGCGCAACCGCCGGCCGUGGCCUCUUCUCUGGCUUACAGGAUGUUAAGCAUUACAACGUUGAUCAUGGGUGGGCGCGGAGGAAGUCUACGGAUGAGAGGGUUGGGCUCUUCGGGGCUAUUUGGAGUCGGCUUACUGGUGCUUGA